AUGGGAUUUUUUGAAUUUAAACUAUUACGUAAAAAUACUCCGAGUGUACGUUUAUCUGAAAAUGUCUUCGAUUUAUCCAAAACUCCAUCACAUUCCAAUUUACUUGUUGUCUCUAAUCUUUAUGGAUAUUUUGUUGCUGCAUCAAAUAAAGACCUUCGUGCGAAGUUUGUGAAUUCUGAAACUUCUGAUGAAUUAAAAAUUAAUUUUGAUCAAAAGAUUCAUGUUGAUAUUUUAGAAGGUUGUGUGAUUUCUUUAAGACUUUCCUCUGAUCAGCUAACAAUUAUAGUCGCUAUACAAGGUGGUAUAGUAUUAUACUAUGAUGUGACAAAAAUUGGAGUGGAGCAAUCUUCUAUUCAACCAUAUCAAAUAAUGAAAUUCUCGGAUGAGAUUAAAGAUAUUCGCCCAAAUUUAGGAGAAAGAUUCAACAUUGUUGCUAUUUUACUUGUAUCUGGUAUUGUGCAUAUUUAUGAUUAUUUAAAAAAUGAGCAAAUUGGAAUCAUAGAUAAUAUUAAAUUAGGAGAUCAAGUUACUGCUCUUUGUUGGUCUCCAAAAGGGAAACAAUUAGUAUGUGGCACACAAACUGGGAAACUAAUGCAACAUUUACCUGAAGGAAUAGUGAAGUCUUCAAUACAGCCACCAAAGCAAUUAAUUCAACCUUCAUAUUAUGUUCAGAAUAUAUUAUGGUUAGACACUCCAACAUUUAUAGUAGCUUAUUUUCCAGUGGUACAAGAUGAAAAUUCAGAUCUUGAAAAUUAUAUAGUAUUUUGCGAUUCAAAGAAAAAAACUGUAUAUCAACAUAUUAAAGAUUUGUGUCCAUAUAGUACUGAUGAGAGAAACCCUAAUCUUUACAUGGAAACAAUCAGAAAUUGGGGCCCUAGAUCAAAGAAUCUUGUUAUUUGUGCAAACGCUAAUUCAAUCAAUGUACAUGUGAUUACAUGCGAUGAAUCAAAUGAAUGGUUGUAUUGGUAUUUGCCUGAAGGAUCCGAUGCAUCACUACCUCUUGGUGAUGAUGAUAAUGACACCCUCCCUAUUGGAAUGGCAAUUGAUUUCACCGAUACUGAUACUUGGAUCACUCAAACACCUAGUGAAGAUAGAGUUGAAAUACCAUCAGUUCCUAUUGUUUAUAUUUUAAACAACGCCUCCGACAUAUUAGCAUAUAGAUGUUUCCAUAGAGACGCUUUUGAAUCAGGGUUUAAUUGUUCAGAUAUGAUAACCCCUCAACCACUACCAACUAGAGCAACUACGUUAACAAACAAAAUAGUCCCUUCAAUUUCCCCAGAAUCACCACCAUUUAAACAUCUAAUAGAUGAUAUAGAUAAUGUUCACAUUUCGAAAUAUAGUGUCGAUGCAAACAAUCAAUAUUUAGGCGACGACUCAAAUACAAUAACUAUUCAGGCAUUCAAACAUUUGUCGUUGGAAACAAGACGAUCGAAUGAUCAGGCUGAUGAAUUAAUAGAUGAAACAUCAAAUAUUACAUCCAAAUUAAACGAUGUUUAUAAAAAUAUUACUCAAACUGAAGCUCAUAUUAAAAAAGAUAUACAAAUAAUAGAAAAACAUGAAGAAAAUCAAACUUGUGAUUCCUUAAAAAGGCUUGGAUCAAUAGGAAAAAAUGUUAAGGAGAAAAUUGAAAAGUCUUAUCAAAAUACUAAAGAGACUGCUUUGGCAUUAGAAGUACAAGAAUCUCCUUUAGAAUAUAUUGAUCGUUCAGUUUCUAAUAUCAGUAAAUGCUUAUAUCGAAAUUCAUCUCAGAUGGAUUAUUUGAUUGAACAAUUAGAUGCGCUCACUCUACAGAAAACCCAAUCUGAGAAAAAAAUUGUAAAAGAGCCGUCGUCGACCUCAAAAAAAACUUCAACACAUAAAAAUAUUGAACAAAUCAAAUCGUCAUACAAGUUAAAUGAUAAUCUUUCUUAUUCAGAUGAAGCAGCCAAGAUAGCAACAGAUUAUUUCAAUAAGGAACAUGCCUUCAACAAAUUGAAAGAUGUAAAUAAAUUCAAAAGAAAAAACCCAGUCAAUAAUUUAUUCGAUCCUGAAAUGAGUCUUGACAUAGAAGACACAAUCACCAACAAAAAUAUUGAAACUUUAAAAGAAAUAAAGAAAUCAACAACAAUAUUAGGCGUAGUAGAGGAAGAUGCUCCCAGAGCCGAUGAAGAUGAAAAAGAUAGAAAAGAUGAGGAAGAUGUUGUAUUUGAAGCUGCAUUAAUAUCAUCAUUAUCUUUCGCUCAACCAACUUCUCAGCCUGCAUCAUCAUCUGCAUUAAUAUCAUCACCUUUCGCUCAACCAACUUCUCAGCCUGCAUCAUUAUCUGCAUUAAUAUCAUCACCUUUCGCUCAACCAACUUCUGAGCCUGCAUCAUCAUCUGCACUAACAUCAUCACCUUUCACCCAAUCAACUUCUCAGCCUGCAUCAUCACCUGCAUUAAUAUCAUCACCUUUCGCUCAAUCAACUUCUCAGCCUGCAUCAUCAUCUACAUUAACAUCAUCUCCUUUCUCUCAAUCAACUUCUCAGCCUGCAUCAUCAUCUGUAUUUGGGCAAUCUGCGUUUUCACAACCUGCGUUUGGGCAACCUGCGUUUGGUCAACCUGCGUUUGGGCAACCUGCGUUUGGUCAACCUGCGUUUGGGCAACCUGCGUUUGGUCAACCUGCGUUUGGUCAACCUGCAUUUGGUCAACCUGCAUUUGGGCAACCUGCGUUUGGUCAACCUGGUUUUGGUUCUUCGUCUCUUGGUUUAAAUACUGCACCUUUAAAAACACCGAGUAGCGGUGGAUUUGCUCGAUACACAAAUGCCGGUGGCUUUGGAACUGCUAAUAAUAAUAAUAAUGUGCUCGGUGGAUCAUUUGGCACUGACAAUUCGUCACCAGGGUUCGUUGAUUUAGUUUUAAUUUAG